AAUGGCGGCGGUGGUUGUCAAGUAAACGAAAGACGCUAACUAGUUUUUGUAAAAUGGCGAAAAUGUAGCUAGAAUUGGUUGUUUCUAGCUUUUUGAUUGUUAAGGUGGCUGCGGUAUUCAGUGAAGACUUUUACCAUCUACUUCAUUGCUGCUGUUUUAAGUGAAACAUGGUCAUGGCAGAAACAGAGGAUGAAGAGUCAACUCUGGCACAUUACUAUGAGUAUCAACAGAAUUAUUCCGGAGCUUUGGAGGCAGUCAACCAAGUGACUGUUAGUUUCCCUGGGUUUCUCCCUGCCUUUAUUAAGAAUAUGAAGCUUCUAUUGACCCUGCAGGACUGUAAGAAAACUGUAGGCGCAGCACAGAGACUCUCGCAGAAGGAUAAAAACAACCUGCAAGCCCUGAGAAUGCUCACUUUUCCCUCCUUAUGCAGAGAGGGAGACAUCACAGAGUCAGUGAACCAGCUCUCAAAUCUCAUCAGCAGCUUGGACACCCAAGAGCCUCACAGCCCAGAGCUUUUCUACAGGAUGCCCUUCGCUUUCACAUGGGUGGCCUGGGAUGUACAGGCCAAGGUGUUGGAGCAGCCAGACGCCGUCCCUAUGCAGAAGCAGCUCGCUGCACAGAUCUGUGCCGAGAUCGCUAAACACUACACAAGUCUUAGAGGCUAUGAGAGCGCAGUGAAAUUCUACAAGGAAGCUCUUGUCUAUUGUGAGAGGGAUAGCAAGUUCGGAAGCAGCACUAUGAGCAAGUUCUUUUCCCACUUUCAGCAGCUACAGGAGCGCAAACCAGACAACUACCCAACACUGGCACGUCUAAUCGACCUGCUGAGGAGAUCUGGGAAGUUAGAGGAAGUUCCUAGGUUUCUGGAGAUGGCUGAAAAACAAUCCUCCAGGGCCAAGUUUGACCCUGGGUUUAACUAUUGCAAACUACUUUAUCUGUGGAACUCCACUGAAAAGCAGGAGUUGGAGCAGCUUGCUGUGAGGACGGCAGAGAAUCCCCUGAAGGAGUUAAAGCCCCACACAGCCAGUGGACACGUCCAACUACGGAUCCUAGAGAACUACUGCUUUCUGGCCACCAAGCAGAAAACCAAUGUUGAGAAAGGCCUGAAUGUUUUCACAGAGAUUGCGAACAAUGAGAAGGAUCAUGUGCCUGCACUGCUAGCCAUGGCGAGGGCCUGCAUGAUUCUCAAACAAACCCCUCGAGCCAGGAACCAGCUCAAACGCAUAGCUAAGAUGAACUGGAGCAUUGUUGACACUGACGAGCUUGAGAAGAUCUGGCUGCUUCUGGCCAACAUUUACAUCCAGUCAGGGAAAAAUGACAUGGGCGGGGACCUCUUGAAAAGAUGUCUUUGCCAUAAUAAGGUCAAUGUUGGGGGGCUCAUCCCAAUUAUCCAAGGAUGA